AUGCCAAUGAGCGAAAGCAUGACGACCGUCGGUUCAACCUUCACUCACGACCCUUCAGCUAGCGACGUAUAUGAUCCGGAUGACGUGUUUCCUCAGAACAGUCCCUUGAUGAAACCUCACCGCCCCAAGCUUGAGCCAUCACCGUCCCCGCCGGCUAUACCUCUCCCUAAAGUCAGUCUUUCUCCUAGAUCCGGUCGGAAGUCUUCUAAUCGUCGACAAAAGAUUCGUCCGAGCCUCGGUGAUGCUGUUUUGAUCCACUAUCUCGACGGUGGAAAACGUCCCGAUAUAGUCGCCGAGGCGUGGUCGCGACCUCUCGCUCAAUACGACGACGACGACGACGACGACGAUCAUAGUAAAGGGGAUACAGAAGAAUCCGCCGAUGGGUCGGGAGAUGAGGAGGACAGCAGGAGUCACGAUAUGUCCCCUCUUCCUGCACGGCACCACACCUCACGUCCUACCGAUGCAUCGGGAUCGGGGUCCGUAGACUUGCGGUCUCUCGCGACAAAUGCCGUGGACAUGCUUGCUGCAGUCAAAGCGGCUACGAAGAGUGUCGAUUCGGACGAUUCGCAACACCCCGACGAUGAACCUAGCGGUGCGCAAAAGACGAAGUUGGCGCAGGGGUUUCGAAAAGAUGACGCACCAGAUGAUAGUGCCAUGAAAGAUACUAAUAGACCUGUUCUUGCUGCGCCAAUAUCCCCGUAUUCCUCGCAGGCAUCGCAGGAGAUAUAUUCACCCAUGCAAUAUGCACCAGGUCAGGUUCUGAUGCAUCCUAACAAUGUUCGAUCACCUCCCGGUUUAAGUCCUCCGUCUGGCCAUGGUGAAUUACCUCCGAUCCAAGAAGUAUCCCCGAAAUCCGAUUCAACUAGCCACGACCCAUUACCAUCUAUCAGAUCUCAACUUCUGGAUCAGCUCACAGGCCCACCAAAGGAGUUAUCCAUACGACAUGCUCAAUUCCCUCAUUCUCCUCCAAGUGGUCCGCCACGUAUGGGUGGGAUAUCCGGAAGCCAUGCCUCACCUCCUCCGAUGUCACCGAACGAGGCAUAUCGGCAAGGCAUACCCUCUCCUGUCCACACGUUGCCUGCCAUGAGUCCUUAUUACUAUUCAAGCAGCAGUAGUGCGAGCCAUCACCGGACUGGACUGGACUACAGCAGCGGUAGUAACGCAGACACGCCGAAUGCCGAUGGUUCAACCCCUGCCACGUCAAUAACGGAGCGGAUGAGUAUUGACAACAUGACAAACCCAGUUGGCGCAUUCAUUUGCACGGUACAAGGCUGCAUGGCACCCCCGUUUCAGACGCAGUAUUUGCUAAACUCGCAUGCGAACGUGCAUUCUUCCGCCAGGCCACAUUACUGUUCUGUAAAAGGCUGUCCGCGGAGCGAAGGUGGGAAGGGCUUCAAGCGAAAAAACGAGAUGAUCCGACAUGGACUUGUGCACGAUUCGCCUGGUUACGUGUGCCCCUUCUGUCCAGAUCGGGAGCACAAGUAUCCCAGGCCGGAUAAUCUACAAAGACACGUUCGAGUCCAUCAUACCGACAAAGACAAGGAGGAUCCAGCCCUACGUGACGUGCUUUCCCAACGUCCAGAUGGCCCAAACCGGGGACGGAGACGUCGCCUUGUUCCAUAG